UUAUCUGUGGUCAUCAUAGAUAAAUUAAAAGUAAGGGUGAUCAGCUGAGGCAAUAGAGAUUGUAAAUGUUUAAAUUUUGUCAUAAAAUUUGCAUAUUACUUGAACUAAACCAAACAGAAAAUCAUUAAUUAAUGGCAGAAUCCGAGGUAACUCCUAGUGGAUUAGUACCUAAAGUUGGAGGGGAUACAUUCGAGUGUGCUGUAUGCUUGCAACCUUGCGUUCAUCCAGCACAACUUCCAUGUGGCCAUAUUUUCUGUUAUUUGUGUGUAAAAGGAUUUGCGAAUCAAAAUAAAAAAUGCGCAAUAUGCAGACAAGAAAUACCCAGAGAUUUUAUAGAACAGCCUCAAUUACUUGACCCCAUUGGUAUGGGUCCUAUUGGUUUGGCCGGUUGGUUUUACGAAGGCAGAAAUGGAUGGUGGCAGUAUGAUGAACGCACGAGCAAGGAAUUAGAAGCGUCUUACAAAAGAGGUGAAAAAAAUGUAGAGCUUCUAAUUGCUGGCUUCCUAUACAUCAUAGAUUUCGAGAACAUGAUCCAGUUGAGAAGAAAUGAUCCCUCAAGAAGGAGACUGAUCAAAAGGGAUUUAGCAACUAUUCCGAAAAAAGGUAUUGCAGGUCUUCGUACAGAUUUACCACAUUCAGUGCACACAGAUUCCGAAGCUUCUGGAGUCCGUACCACCAUUGAGGGCAGGGCAGAUAAUCUAACACCAAUAACACCAUCAAACACUCCCCAGAGCCCUACGAGCGGAAGAGAUUCUCCUAACCCAGUUGAAAAUUUGCAAGUGACGGUGGAGCGUAUUUCAAAUUUACGAUUAGACUCCUACAUGGAUAAUAACACAGUGGGUGAAGGUUCAAGUUCUUUCAAUUUGAAUAAUUCUAAUGGUCGAGAACGCAAUGAAUCUAAUUUUGAUAUGGAGCAAUCGAGAUAAAUUAUUAGAAGAAACACUUCUACAUAUUGAUCAGAACAAAUAUUUUGCUCUCUGUAAGUUACUUUAUUUUUCUAUGGAUUAGUCAAAAAAUGUCCAUAUGUCAAUGUAUUUCAAAUGUGUACCAAUUCAAAAUAUUUGUGAGCUUCGUUAAUUGUUAUUAGGUUAUUUCUAAAAAAUAAAUUCUUCGUAACCUAA